GAAGAAGAUAAUACUGUGAAUGAUAUGAAUAAAGUUCAGUGUACUGAUCAACAUAGUAGUUCAGACUCAAAUCGCCGUAAUGUAAACUCGAAGAGUACCGUAGGAACUAAAGUGAGAAAGUAUAACACUGAAUAUUUACAAUUAGGAUUUACAUUUGCUGGAACUGAAGAUGAACCAAAACCACAGUGUAUUAUUUGCUUGGAGAUCUUGUCCAAUGAAAGUAUGAAACCUUCCAAACUACGACGCCAUUUUGAGACUAAACAUGGCGAAUUUACUAGAAAGUCGUUGGAUUUUUUUGUAGUCAAGUUAGGAGAAUUUAAAAAAUCACAAAAAGUGAUGAAAUCUUCGACAAGUUUAAGUGGUAAUAAAAAUGCCACAUUAGCUUCAUAUGAAGUCGCUCAACUUGUUGCAAAAUCUGGUAAGGCUCAUACCAUAGCUGAAGAACUAAUUCUUCCUGCUGCAAUUGUCCUGUGCAAAACAAUGUUAGGUAAAUCUGCAGCAAAGUUGAUUAGUUCUGUCCCCCUAUCUAAUAAUACUAUUCAAAGAAGAAUUACUGAUAUGUCUGCAAAUAUUGAAGAAACACUAUUUACAAGGCUAUCUACAAGUGACAAGUUUGCAUUGCAACUAGAUGAAAGUACUGACAUAGCAAAUCAUGUCAUAAGGUGGGAAAAAUGCGUUGGAAUAACCACUGAUGGUGCAGCAGCAAUGUCAGGUUACAAAACUGGAUUGUUGGGUCGUAUGAAAGAAGUUGCACCUCAAGUAAAGUGGACUCACUGUUGUAUUCAUAGGGAAGCAUUGGUUGCUAAACGCCUAUCAGAACACAUGAAAACAACUUAA